GCGGCGGGGCCGAGGGGGGUGGGGCGGCGCUCGCCCUCCGGCCGUCUCUCUCUGUCUGUCUCUCCGGCCGUCCGGGGGGCCUCCCGGCGGCUGCCGGUGUCCGGGCCGCCGUCCGGCCGAGCCGGGGAGCUGGGGUGCGGCGCCGCCGGCGGCCGCGGCGGGGCGCUGCGGAGCGAGGACGGCGGCGCGAGCGGCAGGAGCGACCGGACGGGAGCAGCCAUGUUCAGCUUCUUCCGGAAGACCCCGGAUCCCAAGAAGACGUCCGUCCCCGAGAGAGAGGCCGACGGCUUUGUCCUCCUGGGCGACACGGCUAAUGAGCAGAGGGCGGCAUCAGGAGCCCAGACUUCGGGAGCUACGCUCCAGCCGCCUUUGCGGGCGGAGCGGGCCGGGCCAGCUGAGGGGCCGGGCCGGGCCGAGGCGGCGGACCGGACCCCGGGCGCGGCGCCCCCGACGUCGGAGCUGCUGAGCGACGUCCCCUUCACCCUGGCCCCGCACGUGCUGGCGGCCCGGGACCCCCUCGGCGACCUUCCCGUCGGGCUGCUCGGCUCCGACGCCGGCCGCGACCUGGCCCGUUUCCGCUACGACUUCACCCUGGAAAACUCCGUCCUCUGGGAUGCCUAGCUCCCCCCGCCCGGGCCGCCCCUCUCCCCCACGGGCCGGACCCUCCGGGGAGGGGGUCGGCCCACUGCCAACGGGCAGGCCGGGGGCCCGGAGACCGAGAGGGCCUCGGUGGCCCGGCCACCGCUGGCUCCCGCGGCCGCCUAUUUGGCGUCAGAUAAACGACCUCUCCUCCCCAGUGAAAAAACAGCGUCGGGUACUAAACUCUCCCCCUCAGAAGACUCCUGGAGCUGUGGGAGGAAAACUAGAAAAGCCCGCACGUCCCGCGAGGGUCAGACCGGCGAAAGCGCACGUGUCCGGCGGCGGCCCGCAACGGGAGGGGAGACGGCGGUUUCCUCCCGGGAUUUCCGGGGCUCGACGGUCGUCAUUUUCCCUUGGGGAGCGAGGGCGGGGAUCCGGGCCCGAGGAUCGGCGGCCCACGGUGUCCCUCCCGCCGUCGGGGCGGUCCCGUCCGGGCCUGAGGGGGGUCGUCCCCGCCGACACGUCCUUCGAGAUGGAAAAGUCGGCCGAGAAAGGCGAUCGGUGCCGGCUCCCGCCAGGGAGGGCGGCUGGUGCCCACUGACCGGAUGCUGGUGAAUUUGGAUUCUGGCAUUUUGAGCACUUUUCUUUGGGCAUUUUUGUUCCAUAUGUUUCCAGCAGUGGCUUGGCCGGGGCGGGGGGGAGGGGCGUGGAGUCUCCAACUUCUGCUACUUUGAAUAGGGGGUCUCCUUCUCUCCCUCUCUUCCUUCUCCCCUCUUCUGCCCUUCUUUCCCACUCUCCUCUUCCUCCCUCUUCUUUU